UAUUCAUAAUAAUUUUACAAAGGUUGUUUUUAUUUGGCGUAACAAUAUAAUCAUGAACGAAUUUAGCUUGCCAUUUGCAUUAAGACAUGAUACACGCAUAAUCCAAGCAAGCCACAUAAACGCGACUAUUUGCAGGAAAAUGUUUACGCGUAAAGAAUCCUACUUUUUGAGGCUACAUCUUUUGCGGUGCAGCAGAUCAUAAUUAUGAGAUAUGAACACAAAUUCGCGCCCUGUAACAAAAAAAACAUAAGCCAGUAGGCCUCGUGCAGCAAUAAUUAUCCACAAUUAGUUCCCAAGGCAAAAGGAACUUUCCAAGCGAAUAAAAAAUCCGUAAGUACAUAUGACAGAUGUUAACCAUCCUUAAUGGAAUUGUUUGUCUGAAACCCGAUCACAACUUCAGUGUUCCGCGAGAGAAGUCUUCCGCGAACUGCAAUGAAGAACAUUGAGUCAGAUAACGUAAUUGGAUUAACCUUUUAAGCCGACUAAUGCCUAUAUUACGUGGCCAGUGUGAUUUUUCGAGAAUUAUAGUAGGUUUCUGGAAAUUAUGAGUCAUUUCUGCUCUUUUUGCUAUGACGCUUGAUUGAUAAUAUUAUUUAUACGUCCUGUAGUAAUGAACUACUGCUAGAGAAAAGCAUAAGGCCGUAUCGCCGUUUCUUUAAGUAACAUUAAUGCCUCCGAGGUACUUAGAUGCUGCUCGUUACAAUGAUUGUUGUAUUGCUUUAUAUGAACGAGGCGAAAAGGAAAGCCUACCACGAUGGACGGAACGGAAAGAAAAAAUGAAUUAUUGCGGCGGUAAUUGUUCGCAUAUAAAGAAAUCACGAGCAUUAAUCAAAGCAUUAAUCGGUCGAGUGGUUACAUGUAACUUCUAAAAUUGUCAUAUUAUAUGAAUGCAUUCGGUACCCAAUAAUAAUUAUCAAUUUCAACCAAAAAUUAGAAUAAGUAGUUGUUACAAAAACCCCUUUAAAAAAUUAGCAUUAGCCAUUAACUUUUAACAAGAGAAAAAAAGAAACAAUUUUCACAAGAAGAAAGAAAAGGCCAAUGAGCAAAUCCAUCUCGUAUGAUACGAGUCGUAUCAAGAUCAUCGUAUUAAAACCAAAAAACAAAGGAAGAGUAUUAAAUUUUCCUUACUUUAGCAACUACAUAAUCCUGUUUCACUGUCAGUAUGUUAUUUCGUAAGAGAGGUUUAGACAUCCACUAUACCGUUUAGAAGGAAACCUUAGAAAAUUAGUAGGCAUUACACAAGGAUAGAGUGACCACCUAUUCAAGCCAUUCGAAUUCUCUUAAAUAAACCUAUCGUUAGUCGCCACUACUUCUACAUCACAAAGAGUUUCUUUAAACUGCGAGCCGAAAGAAGUCAACGUACUAAGUUUCAGUGAAGCUCGAUAAUACUUAAAAGGAUUUCUGAAAAAAAUCAACAGGUGUUUCACAGAAAUUUCGAUUAGAUGAUGACAAUUUCGUCCAGUAAACCUCUUUUCCAGGUCAUUUUUAGGCGCUGAUUGGUAUUCUUAAAGGAAAUGGUUAUUGGAAACAACAAAAGUCAAAAUAUGAGCAGGAUCUCUUUAAAGUCAAUUCUUUAGUUAACAUUUAAAUUCAGUGGACUCAACAGACUAUCGAGGAUGGAGUUAAAAAUAUUUUCAAACAACUCUCAAAAGACAAUUCAACAGUAUUGCCAGAAAAUAUUUUCCAAUAACGAAAAUUUAUCCUAAACUAAUCAAAAUCAGUACUUAAAUUUACAGUCAUUCUGUUCUAAAACGCUGCACUUUAUAGAAAGAAUAUAUUGUAUGGCUGAAAAAUCUUCCCCAUGGAUGGUCACCCCAACCGAUACUCAGUAUCGAUCGCCAGUGAGGCAACAAAGAGGGAACUAUAGCUCUACCCUGCUCGCGUUUGUCGCAUAAACAUGAAAACACGACCUUAUUUACCGGCCGACACUGUAAACUCGCUAACAAUUCUCCAAAACCACACACUACCUGAAUAAUAAGACAAAGAAGCCUUAUAAUAACAUGUGUCAAGUGGAAAAACUGAGUGAAAAUGUAGUUUAUUAGUGAAAAAUUAAAAUUUCCCAUCAAAAGUGCACUUAAUUCGUGGUAAAGCUGCAAAAUGAAAUUCCAAGAUGACAAGUGAACGUGGUGAGCGGAGCAAGAUGAGCGGUGCGCUGAGCGCGCUGAGCGGCGGCGAGGCGUGCGGCGCGCGCUGGACCCUCGGCGCGCUGCUUCUGGCGCCGCUAGCCGCCGCCAACUCCAGCUACUGCGCCGUGCCCGCGGUCAUGCUGCUGGCCAUAUUUAUAACCAUUGCCACCUUCACAUGCAAAGACCUUAAGAAGCUGGCUGAAAUACUUCCACCUCCAAAAACGUCUAGAGGCCGUCGUGAGAGAAAUUUGCGAUCUUUUGCUGAUUUUAUGGCAAUGUGGAUGACAUUCCUAUCGCAUCUGGUAGCUGUGGCAAUAUGUGCGAGGAUCUUGAGCGCUACUGCUGAUCACGUGACGGGAGGAAGGACGAGGAGGUGGCUGUUCGGGUACGAGACUAGAGCGCUAGGGGAACCCUGGCCUGACGUAUUGGGAGUCACCGUUGUAAUGGUCGUUUGUGCUAUGUUCAUGUGUGGUUUAGAGGAAAGUAUGAUGUUUACAUUCAUGUUGUUGAUACUGCUGUAUAUAUUCAGCCAGUUCUUCGCUAUCUUUGGCCUUAUUAACUUCGAUAUUGCUAAUAUCAAUAUGCCGAUACCGAUCACUGUAUAUGAGCUGUUUGCGGCAGGAGCACCAAUUUGUUACGCAUUCAAUGUGGCUCUACCAAAAGGGAGUGGAACUCUCAAGAAAAAUCUUUUCCUCAUGAUUGGAUUACCUACAAUUGUUCUAUCGGGAUUAUGUUUCCUUUACACUAACAUGUUAAAAGGAAACAGCAUUGACGCGGCUUUACCCGUCACGACUUUGCUGGAAGCGAGGGCUGCGGGCUGGGUCUGUCCAGUACUGGCCGCUGUUACCGUCGCCGGAAUCUGCUUGGCUCUAACAGAACUCUGCCCAUUACUGUUCACUGUCCUAGUGGCUCUGGCUUCUCCUGAAUGGAAAGUCCUUACUAGGUCGAUGACGUACGAGAGUACUACCACUGGUAGCCCAGUGCUUGCUGUGUUCACCGCAGGAAGUUUGGCAGCGAUUCUGGCUUUUGCGUGUCCUCUGUCACAUAUGAUAACUUUAAUGAACGCAAGCCACUUGCUCGGGAUAUCCAUACAGGCAUUCCAUUUUAUCAUCAUGCGAUGUGUGCCUACACUUGAACAAAAAGAGGCUGGAGAUAUUGAAUACAAACGCCUUGGGAGAGAUGCACGAGGGUCUAAAGCAUCGGGAAGUAAAUCGAAACGAGGACUCUGGUUUAUUCCGUCAGCUAUUCGUCACACCAAGACUUUAGAGAGUAUCAAGUCUAAAGUUACGAAAGAAACUGAGGAACGUGAGUGCCUUCUCCUGGAUGAGUAUGCUGGUUGUACAACAGAGGAAAACGAUCAAAUGACUAGCAGUAGCAGUGGCGUAAGAGGGGUUGUGCCCAAUGAAGAAGUGGAUGUGGCUUCUGACGCAGAAGGCAGUGAACAGGAAAUGUCUUCGGGCGACGACUCCACGGAUAUUGAUGCUGUGGUCAAGGAGUAUAGGGAUCGGAUACAGGUGGUGACAUCAGUUCCUGAAUCAAGCGCUCCUUCUCCGCCUAGCGUUCGCGGCGCACGUUGGGCGGCAGCAGGAUGCUUCAUACAGCUGGUAGCAGAUGCUUUGAUAGCUGUAGCAUUCUGCAAUGAAACACUUAGGCUGCCUAUGUUUGCAACGGGAAUACCGCUAUGGCUAUCGGGCGUCCUCAUAUGCUCUUGGCAACCAGCUCACAACCUGGGCAUGAGGAAGACACAGAGUAUCCAAGGCCCUAUAACUUUGAUGACUGCUCUCCUGUUCCUCACACCAUUACUUCUUGACUCUUGGCCAGCUAUCACCCUGUUUGCGGGUGCCGGUGUAGUGAUAUACGCUCGCUGUGAACGUUGGUGCGGGGACUUGGCUGUCCAGCAAGCGCGCAGUGCGCUAGAGCGUCGCAAACUGCGCCCAGUGUCGGCCACGGUACCAAUCGCCGGAGCUCGUCUGACUCACAUUGACACUGUGUAUAUAGCCAGAUGACAUGAAGAUGACUCGGAUACGAGUCUGGAUAAUCUAUUAGACGCGGAGGACGAAGAUCCCGAUGGAGAAUGACAACAAGCCGAGGCUAUUAUUAUCAUCGCCCCUUAAUCAUCUCAUUAAGACACAUUAAUCACAGAACAAACGACUGUUUAUAAUCAGGCGAUGAAUUAUAUAGCAAAAUUUUCAUUCGGUGAUGACUUAACUGUAAAAUAAUCUAUGUAACCAAAAGUAGUUAAAAUUAUUCGCUUUGACUGUCGAAAACAAAAAUUCCGCUGUAGAUACGACUGAAUUCUAGUCAGCUAGCUGAUAAAUCUUAAUAGGCAAUACAGCCGUACACGUUUGUGAUAAAACUGAUACACAGGGAGAAAUUGUAAAGUACGCGAUACACUGAUUCUACUCAAACCAUCAAAAAAGAAAAUAAUCUUAAUUACGAAAUAGUGUAGGUUAAUUAAUCGGCGCAUUUAGUCGACCUUUGCCUUGUGUCUAGAUUACCUAUUUAAAAUAAAAUAAAAAGUAAAAUUCUAUUAGUAUGUAUACAUAGUGGCUUGUGCUAAAGAUUGUCAAAAAUAAUUAUGCUAAAAAGGUUUUAUACGUGUUAGGUUAUAUUAGUAGCGUAAAUAUGAGAUAUUUGCGUAUGUUACAUCAGUGUUGGUUCAAAUUACUGUAACUGUGUUGGAUAGAAACCCUAGGGUGGCAGAGGCUGAGAUUUUAUAUGUCCUACGUAAUAAAUUUGAGCUAUAUUAAAAAUAAAAUAGCGAAACUAUAACCUAGUGCCUAGAUACAUAGCUGUUAAAUUUAAAAUUCGAAGUAGGUAUCCACUUUUUAAUCAAUUUGUGUGAAAACGUGAAAUGUAUCUUUACUAGGACUUAGGAUUUUUAUGAGAUUAAAAGCUAGCUUGACGCAAUAUGAAAUUUCUAAAUUGUAAAUAUGUUUUGGAGAAAGAAUAGAUUUAAAGUCGUACAUGAUUUAAAAAAAAUCAUCCGUCCAUUUCGCCAUUGCCAUGUCAGGCACGCUUUUGCCUUGCAUAUAAUCACCACAAAUACCUAUUUGUAAGAAAAAAAAAAGCGUAUUUUUUCACUAUUAUUCGUGUUAGAGUAUUCAAAAUUGUAAAUAAAAGUUUCAUUAUGACAAAAAUAAAUAAAAUUUCUUAAAAGCAAUAAAUUACUGGUAAGAUAUCGAAAGAUCUAAUGAAGUUUGAAGUGAUUCAAUACACAAAUAAUCCCCGCAAAUUCAUGACAGAUCUGGCACCCGUUUUUGUGGCGUAAGUUGACUACCCAUAUAUUUAUAAUGUAUGCUACUUUUUCACUCUCAAUUUGUAUUAUUAUAACCCUUAAUGUUACAAGCUUCAUGGUUACUGCUCUCACAAUUUGCGAGGAUUAUACAAAAAAAGCCUUUUAAAAUAAAACUUUUGAAUUAAAAUAGAUUUGUAAAUCGGCCUAACACGAUGUUUUAGGAGUGAUCGUGAUUAAUUUAGCAAUAAAAACGCUGAUUCACAUUAGAAUUGUUUUAUUU